CCUCCCAUUGGUCCCCACUAGCGCCCCGGGAUGCCGCCAGGCAGCCGAAUGCCCAUGGCAGGGCUGCAGGUGGGACCACCGGGAGCACCUCCUUACGGAGCAGCCUCCCCAAUGAGACCUGGCUUGCCGCAGUCGAUGAUGGACCCCUUCAGGAAACGCCUGCUGACCCCCCAGGCACAGCCGCCGAUGGCCACCCAGAGGAGAGGGGUCAAAAGGAGGAAGAUGGCUGACAAGGUCCUGCCACAGAGGAUCCGGGAACUGGUCCCAGAAUCCCAGGCCUACAUGGACCUUCUCGCUUUUGAGCGCAAGCUGGACCAAACCAUCGCUCGGAAGAGGAUGGAGAUACAGGAGGCCAUUAAGAAACCACUGACGCAAAAGCGAAAGCUGAGGAUUUACAUCUCCAACACUUUCACCCCAGCCAAAGAAGAAGGGGAGGGUGGUGAGCGUGUGGCCUCCUGGGAGCUACGUGUGGAGGGCAAACUGCUGGAGGACCCGAGCAAACAGAAAAGGAAGUUCUCCUCCUUUUUCAAGAGCCUUGUCAUUGAGCUGGACAAAGAACUGUACGGGCCAGACAACCAUCUGGUGGAGUGGCACCGGCUGCCCACAACCCAGGAGACUGAUGGCUUCCAAGUGAAGCGUCCCGGUGACGUCAAUGUGAAAUGCACUCUGCUGCUCAUGCUGGAUCACCAGCCACCACAGUACAAACUGGACCCUCGCCUGGCUCGCCUGCUCGGGGUGCACACCCAGACCCGCGCCAGCAUCAUGCAGGCGCUCUGGCUCUACAUCAAGCAUAACAAGCUGCAGGACAGUCACGAGAAGGAGUACAUCAACUGCAACCGCUACUUCCGCCAGAUCUUCAACUGCAUCCGCAUGCGCUUCUCUGAGAUCCCCAUGAAGCUGGCGGGGCUCCUGCAGCACCCAGAUCCCAUCAUCAUCAACCACACCAUCAGUGUGGACCCCAAUGACCAGAAGAAGACGGCCUGCUACGACAUCGAUGUGGAGGUGGACGAUCCCCUGAAAGCUCAGAUGAGCAACUUCCUGGCUUCCACCACCAACCAGCAGGAGAUCGCCUCCCUGGAUGCCAAGAUCCAUGAGACCAUCGAAUCCAUCAACCAGCUGAAGACGCAGCGCGAUUUCAUGCUGAGCUUCAGCAACAACCCGCAGGAUUUCAUCCAGGAAUGGAUCAAAUCCCAGAGGAGGGACCUCAAGAUAAUAACGGAUGUGAUCGGGAACCCCGAGGAGGAGCGGCGAGCCGAGUUCUACCAGCAGCCCUGGGCACAGGAGGCUGUGGGCAGACACAUCUUUGCCAAGGUCCAGCAGCGUCGGCAGGAACUGGAACAAGUGCUCGGGAUCCGCCUCACCUAAAGGGUCGGUGGAGGCUCGGGAGCUCCUUCUCCUCUCCCUGCUGCCUGAGCCUGACGGUACUUCUUACUGGAAUCAAAUACAGCACUUGCACAAACCCUACGUGCCUGGAGGGAUUCGGAGCCACUAGCCCCCCCUGGGCUCCCCUCGGCCGGGAAGCUCUAGCCACAGGCAGAGCA